AUGGACUCCCUGGCGCUUGAUGAGACACUCGGAGCUGCUUUCCUCGGUAUGUUGAUCUUUCGUAGUUUUUACGGCAUCACUGUAGUGCAGACCUACAUAUAUUUCAAGCGUUCUGCCAAGGAUUCCGCAUUCUUGAAGGUUCUAGACAGUCUGCACUUGGCAUUGAUAGUACAUUCGAUCUACUACUAUGCCGUAACAAAUUUCAUGAAUCCCAAGGUGCUCGCUUCGCCCACAUGGAGCAUAUUGGGUGUGAGUGAUGUCACUGUCCGAAGUAUUUUCUGCCACCGCGUAUGGAGAUUGAGCAACGGAAACUGGCCACUGGCUAUCGCUAUCAUGGUUUCCUCUCUGACCGUCUUUGGUGGUAGCAUUGCUUUUGCGGUAAACAGUUUCGGUGUGGGCACAUUUGCGGGGUUCUCAAAGAUCGCGGAUAUUCUCUACGUGAGCUUCGGCGCAGGAGUGGUAGCAGACGUCCUCAUCGCAGGGGCCUUGUGCACCAUCCUCGCAAGAUGCAAGACUGGAUUCCGGAAAACGGACUCCGUCGUGCGGACCCUCAUCAUGUACAGCAUCAACACUGGCCUUUUGACUAGUCUUUGUGCUCUGUCAUGCCUGAUCACCUACGCUACCAUGCCGAACAACUUCAUCUUCAUCGCCUUCUACUUCGUCCUGCCCAAACUCUUCCUCAACUCGCUGCUCGCCACGCUCAAUGCGCGCGAAGCCCUCAGGGACGCAGGCGCCGGGGACGUGGUCUCGAUACCGCUCACGAACACGUCCGGCUCCACGCGCAUGUCCUUCGUGGAACGGUCGCAGUACAUCCACGGCGAUAGCGCACUCAGCGGCGGGAUUCACAUCAAGACUACGACAGACACUAUGACCGACCUUCAACAAUCUGUCAAUGUCCACGAGAAGAAGGGCGUGAGCGGAUGGAGAUCCUCGUAUUCUGCAAGCCGGAGGCCGGGCGGCUUGGCGUAACCUUCAUCUGUAUCUACAGGACUCGG